AAACCAUUUUCAUGUUCCGAGUGUGGGAAAUGUUUUAGAUAUAAAUCAGCUUUUGUUGUACAUCAGAGAAAUCACACAGGUGAGAAACCGUUUCCAUGUCCCGAGUGUGGGAAAUGUUUUACACGGAAAUCAAAUCUAAGUGUGCAUCAGAGAUAUCACACAGGUGAGAAACCAUUUUCUUGUUCCGAGUGUGGGAAACGUUUUACAAAUAAAUCAGGUCUUGUUGAACAUCAGAGAACACACACAGGUGAGAAACCGUUUCCUUGCGCAGAGUGUGGGAAAUGUUUUACAGAGAAAUCGAGUCUUCUUAGACAUCAGAAAACUCACACAGAUAAAAAACCGUUCUCAUGCUCCCAGUGUGAGAAAUGUUUUACAAACAAACAAUGUCUUGUUGAACAUCAACGACUUCACACAGGUGAGAAACCAUUUCCUUGCUCCGAGUGUGGAAAAUGUUUUACACAGAAAUCACAUCUUCUUGUACAUCAGCGGCUUCAUACGGGUGAGAAACCAUUUACCUGCUCUGAGUGUGGGAAAUGUUAUACGCAGAAAUCAUAUCUUGUUAGACAUCAGAGAACUCACACGGGUGAGAAACCAUUUACAUGCUCUGAGUGUGGGAAAUGUUAUACACAGAAACCAUAUCUGGUUACGCAUCAGAAAACUCACACAGGCGAUAAGUAGUUCAUAUGAACUGAUAUACAGGAAAUAAGUCAAAGCAAUACUCUAAAUGUAUAAUUGCUGAUAUUAACGUAAGUGAUAAAAUAGACAUGAAGUUAUAAAGUGUAUACACAGUGUUCUAUUUAUGGAGGCCAGUUGAAAGCUCCAGGCACACAGUAUGUUAACAUGUUAUAAUGUUGUUAUCCUCCGCAGA